AUGAUGUAAGUAUUGAUGGAUUUUGUAAGAUUUUUUGUUUUUCAUUGUGUUUUUUUUUUUUGCUUUUACGCAGUUUUACAAAAGCGCGCGCUUUUGUAAAGGUGGAAAAAAUACGACAUUCCAGUCUUCAGGCAGCUACAUUGAGACAAAAAUUUUGCUUUUUCUUCAGGAGAAAAGGAAAAGAUCUCCCUAGUUCGUCUGUUAAAGGCACUUCACGGAUUCCGAAGCCAGUGAGUAUUUUGUGAAAUGUUUCCGCUUUAAAUGCGUAUCCAUCGCUCUUGUGGUUAGAAACGCACGAUGAAAGUCUUAAACUAAUUUAAUAUUCAAUUUUCUUAGGUUUCUGGCAAUAAUAGCAAAGUUGAGGAGCAAGAUGGCUCCAAGUCGAGAAAGUAAGUGGCAAUUUUUGGAAAAGCAGUUUCAUAGAAUGGUUCUGAAAGUAGAAUUAAGUGACAUUUCAAUAAUAUUUUGAAGAGGGAAGAAGCAUACUUGGGCUAGAUCACAGCGCAAAUACAAUUCUGUUUUAUUUCCUGUAGUUUACGAUCAAAUUCUCGCAGUACAUCGUCCACGCGUCCAAUACGCAUCAACCGUGAUUGUUUGAAAGGAAUUCGUACUACUCCUGACCGAGUCGUUAAAAGGUAGUAUUUUAUAUAAAUAGAUUUUUUUAAAUGUUUGAUCCAGGCCAAAGCCAUAUUGAAUGCUUAAUAAUUUUCUCAUUUUCAGAACUCGUCCCUUCAUUCAGAAACUCAAUUCUAAUGGUGGUAGCAACGCAACAUCUCCAACCUCUGCAAUAAAGCUCCGGGUUCCGGCGUCCUCGGUAAUAAAGCCCCGGGCUCCGGUACCUCGGAUAACCACUCACUGUUGCGUAAAACCUGUGAUAUCCCAAACUACCACUCAGUCCACUCGUGUCCUGCGCAGCCAUGCUGUAUCUACAUCAUCUGUUCAGAGGUAUGAUGAUUAAUAUGUUAUUGACUUGUAUAAUUUGUCUACCUUGCAACAAACAGGCUUAUAAAGUUUACUACUCCUUUACAUCUAGCUCAAAGACGGACUCCAGCGCCGUGGCAAAAUUAUCCACCACAAGUACACCAACAUCCACUCGUAUCCUUCGCACUCGUGCACUAUCCUCACGUGAUGCGGUCACCACCAACAUCCCGAAGUUCACGUGGAAUCUCAGACGGAGAUCUUCCGUCUCCAAGACAACUAAAGGUGACGAGACCAAACCACUGUGCAAACACGGAGCUGGGAAAGAAGCUGAGGGCACUACAGUUGCGAAACGUCUGGCACCAGCAAAAGAUGCAAGCCUCUGUUCAAAGCAGAAAAAACAAGAAGCACCGCUUGUCAAUACUGAACAAAAGAAAUCUCACAAAGUUUUGGAGGUAUGUACAUUAAAUUACAUUAACCCUUCGUUCAGAUGGAACAGGAUGAAUUUGAAUCCCUGCUCAAGUUUGUUUAUUCAGCUUCUCACUCCAUUGGUCAGCGGAUGUCCUGACAGGCUAAUGCCCAAUGGACCAUUUGCAUUAUAGACUAAAUUUUGAUCUAGACAAAAAUUUCAUCACAGCUUAAAAGAGCAUCACAAAAUUAGUAAUAUUCCAAAGUUUCGUUGCGAAAUAUUGUAAAAUGCGGAUAAUAUAGCCUUGCGAAAUUUGCAAUUUUCAGUCAUUUUUUAUUACAAACGGGAAAUUGAUGCCCCAACACCCGAUUGGGCUGUCAAUUUCCCGUGCGUAAUACAAAAUGACUGAAAAACGGCAAACUUCGCAUGGCUAUAUUAUCCGCAUUUUACAAUAUUUCGCAACGAAACUUUGGAAUAUUACUAAUUUUGUGAUGCUCUUUCAAGCUGUGAUGAAAUUUUUGUCUAGAUCAAAAUUUAGUCUAUAAUGCAAAUGGUCCAUUGAUAGGGGAUCCGACGUACCCACAAUUUAACGUCCUUAUCCGAGAAGACUCGAAAGUCUAACCAUUUACUGACGUCAAUGUAAGGGUAGCAUGUUUUCCUCAAUUAUUUUAAGACCUUGAGUAGAUCGAGGUCCGACCAAGGAUUGUACUCGGCUCUCCCAGCUUGAAAGGGAAGCGUGGGCUGCGUGGUACCAUGACACGACACCACAAGAGCUGGUUUAGCGCGUUUGCGCGCUUUUGCAUUGUACAUUCCCAAGGGGAAGAGGAGGGGGAGGAGGUCAUGAAACCACACGAAUUCAAACACAGCUAAUCGUACGAAUUCCCGUAUGAACAAAUGGGACCGGGAUAAUUUGUGCGCGAAUCUGACUGAUCUCGUGUGAAUUAAUUGCGAGCUAAAGCAAGCGACGUUUUUCUCAACACCGACGUCAGAUUACCGGGGGGGGGGGGACUGGAUUAAAAACUGUGUUUGUAUCAGUUUGUGGUAAUCGUCAACACAUAUGACUAAAUAUAAGAUUAUUAAAGUUUUUUGCUUUCUUAGACAAACGCUAUAAGGCAAAAUACCACCAAAAUUAUACCAAUUUUUGGGUGACGUUGGUAUAUAUUGACAAAAAGUUGCUUGCUUUAAGCUCGCUAAUAGGAGUUGGCGGCCAAACGCCGGAGAGUUGCAGCUCUCGUCAACUCUUGUUUGACAUGGGUUUUAAGCUAGGCUAACAUUCUCAUAGGUCAAGCAAUCACAGCCACAACAGCAGCCAAAGAAAGUUGACCUCGUCUUGAGCAAAGAAGAAAACCAUCACGAUGAGCUCAAGUUUUCCAAACCUUGUCUUGAAAAGGUCGAGAUUAAGACCUUGGUUGUUUCCCAAGGGAAGGCAUUGGGUGGCGCUAAACACGAAGAACCAGCAAGCCAACAAGCCGAAGCUCAGUUGAACAAACACCAGCCGACCACAAACAAGUCUGAGUCGAAACAAGAGCUUGAUUUGAAGAAGUUUGGCAUCACACCAGUGUUAGUGACUGCUAAGCCUCUUGUCGGAGAACCGUACUUGGAGGAAAGACCACUCACUCCCGAAAUCUCCGAAGUAAAGAUUCUUGGCAAAGACACCGAAGAGAGGCUAAGUGACGAUGCAGAGGAAAUCCCCUCUGUCCAGACAGCUCCUGAACCAGCUUUGGCGACUAAGCUUCUUGUCGGAGAACAUAGUUUAGACGAACGACCAGUCACUCCUGAAGUCUUCGACGUGAAGAGUCUUGCUAAAGACACCGAAGGGAAGCUGAGCCAAGUUGCAGAAACCAUUUCCUCUGCCAAGACAUCUACACCAGUUUUGGCGAAGGAACUCUCUGGUGAAACUGUAGCCCAUGCAGAAGUUGAAGCCUCUGAAGUACCCCGCACUCCAUUGGCGAAAGACGUUCCCGAGAAACAUCUUUUGGGAAGUAUCGAAACUCCUUUGGCGAAAGAGCUACAAGCCACUGUCGAAGCAUCACCUCUUGGCAAAGACCAACCCAGCUCGGAUGAGAAACCAGCUUGCCAAGUUGAAAUCCCGCCUGUUACCAAACAAAAAUGCGAGGAGAAAAGCUUCCGCGAUGAUAUUCCUGUAGUUAAAACCCGGCUUGAAGAACAAAUCACUUUAACAACAUCUGAAGUGAUUCUUCAAAACUGCAGAGGUGAACCAUCUAUCGUCGUGGCAGAUCUCCCUCCCGUGAAGACAACAGAAGCUUCAAAUGUUCUUGAGGGAAGCCAAACAACAUCAACUAAACCAUCAAAACCUCCUUCGCACGUUGAAACAGCCAAACUCGAAGAUUCGAAGUUGUCCGAAAAUCCCAAAGCUGAACUCCAGUUUGCGGGUAAGCGAAAGUGUGAAGAAAACGUCAGCGAUAACACUCGUGCAGUAAAAUCCCGGCUUGAAAACGAAAUCACUUUAAAAACAUCUGAAGUGUUUCUUCAAAACUGCAGAGACGUACCAUCUAUCACCGUAGCAGACAUUUCUUCUGUGAAAACACCAGCGCUCGUUGAGGCAGUUGACCAGUUGCAGGCCGAAAAGUCAUCUAAAAGUCUCCCAGCUGAACCAACAACGGUUGUAAAAGAGCAGCCUAACCCGGUAACAACAUCAGCGCGCUCGAAACCAACCGGAGAUGCUUGUGAACAAUUAACUGAUGCAGAAAAGAUCGCCGCAUCGCAAGACAAUCCAACAUUGUCUGAAUCUCUUGCCUCCAGUGAAAAUGCAAAAUCGCUGGGGCAAAGUUUCUUGGGCGAAGCACGAACAGAACUCGUGCAUCAACGUAGAUCUAAGUCGACCAAACGACCCGCAGGUCAACCUAUAACCAACGACCUGCUCACCAAAAAACGGCGUAGUUUGAGCGCCGAGAAUGGGCAACAUGAACCAAGUCCAUUUGGUUUACCCCUCCAGGCCGAUUCAUCACAGACGAUGGAUAUUGGGAGAGUCACCCCAGCAGCAUCGAACCAAAGCAUGGAGAUCGAUACAAGCGGUAUCCUUCCCUUUGUUUUCCGUUUCCCAUCGGCGUUGAAUACCCCGAAUGGACUGAACUCGUCUGAUGAUAUGGAACUGUGUGACUCGGGAAGCAGUCAGAUAAUACUAUCGCCUUUUGGUAUCAACCAACAAUUCGUGAGAUCAGUAUUUGGUUGUCAAACAUUUGGCUUCACAAGUCAACCGACAGGACAGCCUAGAUUUGGCGUCAACCAAGCUACAAGCCAGCCAUUUAGCUUCGGUAGCAGCCAAGCACAGAACAGUUUACAAACCGGACCCGCAGUCAACGGAUUCAAUGCUAGUACAUUCGGUAAUGUACCAGGAUUGGCUCAAGCUACCAACCAAGCCCAACAGAUGUUUGGUAGUGUACCACGAGCACCUCCUCUCCCAACUACUGGUUUCAACCAAACUGGCAGCAAAGUGUUCGGUAACCAAUCACUCCAGAAUAACCAACAAUUGUUUGGUGUCAGUUUCAACCACCCACCACAGACCUUUGGUAACAUACCAAAAGCACCACCAUUACCUGCUGGUAUUCUUAAGCAAUCUGGCAACCAUGUCUUUGGUAGCGUACCACAACCAUCAGCUAUGUUUGGUAAUGUACCAAAGGCACCACCCUUACCUAUUGGUGGUUUUAACAAAAUCAGCAACCACCACUUCACGUUUGGUAGUGCACCAUUGCAGACCAACCAACCAUUGCCUAUGUCUGGUGUUAGUUUCAACCAGGCAAACACACCACAGAUCUUUGGUAACCCACCUGUAUUGAACAUACGGCCAACGUUGACCAAUUCCGAUGGUUCUCGGCGAAAGUUCAUUUUCACGAAAGGGUGCAAACGACACAAUGUCGCGAAGCCUCCGCUCAGCCUUAACCAAACAGGCAACCAACCAACCAAAGUUUUUGGCAACGCUUUUCAACCGAGUCCUCAGCACGUGUUUGCUGGAUUUAGUAUGGUGCAGAGCCCGACACCAAUGGAAUCUGAAGAUGUUUCCAAUCUAAGUGGGAAUGGUCACCUUGUUGGUGGCUUGAAUAAUCAACCAUCGAAUGUUUGGAACCUAUUUGGACAGAAGAAUGGUGGUAACCAAGUUAUGUUUGACUGUGGUCAGACGUCAACAGUCUUUGGUAGUCUACAGUCUACCCCUGGACAGCAUCUGAGUGACCAUUCAAUGGAAGAAAGUGUAAUGUUACCACAUCGCACCACUGUGUCUUGCUUUACAAUAUCAAUCACGCAAACGAGCCCCCAGCGAACUCUGAGCUUACCACAGAUGGCUGGUACCAGUGCAGUUGGCGGACCAUCACCACUAUCAAUACUUAAACCAUCAAUGUUUGCUGGGACAAGUUUUACCAACAGCGUAAGCCCCACGGGUAUCCCACGCGAGACCUCCACGAACAUUUCCUGCGAGACACCCACGACUCGCGAGACCUCCACGAACAUUUCCUGCGAGACAUCCACCAACUCCCAAGAAAGCGAAGUUGAGCCGAGGAAAGAAACCAAGCCAAGUGGUGAUGAGGAGCAUAAGACAACACUACACAAGAUUUUCUCAUCCGUUUCAUCUCUGAAUUCAACUUGUUCAAAUCUUAGCGAUUGCCAGAGCGAAAUAGACGCUUUGAUAGACAUUUUAUCAGAUAGUAUCAGCAACUGUAGUCUGGAAGAUAACCCCGCACCUACCGACAUGGGAGAGCUAGUCGAAAAGUUUAAAACUCUGAGUUUAGCGGACAAGCCGCUGGACAGUGAUGCGAAGGCUUCAGAACAUUAGAUGGAGUGUUGUUAGGUGGGGAAGGAUAGGUGUAUUUAAGGAAGAUGGGGGAUAUAUUUGUAAAUGCAGAG